AUGGCGCGGCGGCCUUGCUCCCCCCGCACGGGCGAGCUCGGCGCCGCAGCGGCCCGCAGGCGAGCUCCGCUCUCCCUCCGCCGCGAGCUGCGGCGGCCUUCCUCCCCCUCCCUUCCUCCCUCCGUUCCGGCGGCCUUCCUCCCUCCGCUCUCCCUCCGCCGCGAGCUGCGGCGGCCUUCCUCCCCCUCCCUUCCUCCCUCCGUUCCGGCGGCCUUCCUCCCCCUCCCUUCCUCCCUCCGCUCUCCCUCCGCCGCGAGCUGCGGCGGGCCUUGCGGGCCAUGGCGGGCGAAGGCGAAGGCCCGCGCGCACCGGCGAGGCAGGCGCGGAGGCGGCCAUGGCUCGGUGGAGCUCCCUCCCCGGAUCCGCGCGCCGCCCACCCUCCCCUCCAUCUCGAGCCGGCGAGCGGUGGGCCUGGCGGGGAACGCGCCGCACCGAAGGCCCCUCCUCCCCGGCUCACUGCCUUGGGUGGGCGCCGAGCUCGCCGCCCCGUCCCCCGCGCGGGGGGCGAGCUCGGCGCUGCAGCGGCCCGCAGGAACUGUAAAACGUGUAGAGAGCGCGAUCCAGAGUCCACUGCGGAGAGCCUCAGAGUUGCCGACACAAUGGGUGUCAGUUGAAGUAGCUCUUGCUUCCGUGUACAAGCUCAAGUAA